AUGAUCUUCUCCAAGACACUGUUUCAAGCACCAUUACAGCUUUUCCCAAGAAGACUGCUGCUACAGAACAGCCCACUCAACCUUUCGAACCCCCCACACUCUAACUUUGGGAGAUUCAGACAAGAUGGAUACUACAAAUGUCAAAGUAAGGUCUGCCCUAUCUACAACAUCUGCCGACCCCCAAGACUGAGUGCAGUACUCAACUUACAUCACAUUUUUUCACUUAUGGGCGACUCACCAACAUGUCCAGACAGGAUUAGACACACAACCAACUUCCUCACAACUCUCCUACCUCCUUCAGAGAUGCAAGAGUCAAAAGGAUACAACAAAUUGCUGCUGGUCAUGUCGCCAAGACAAUCUCCUCUCAUGAUAAUCUUCCUUCAUCAACAACCUCAGACACCACAUUCUUUCCAGGACUCCACCAAACCCAAGACAAAGGUGGCACAGGGAAAUCUACAACUCUAUAGAGACACUAAACUUGUUGCCAAAAUUAAAGCCAAGGGUUACAUCAGCUAUCCACCUAGGACAAGACCACAAUCUUUACUGGAUACCAAGCCAUAUCUCACGAAUACAUCAGAUUUGGGUUCAUGCAGGGUCACCUUCUGCACAAAAAGGCAGCAUCAGAUUAUGAACAUGUCACCAUUCCAUAGUCCUAUCAAGAAGGAACGCUGUUCAUAUUCACAGGUUAAGAUUAGGCUACAGGUACAACAUGAACGUUUUCUUCUGGCUCUGCCCUGCACUAAUUCCAUCACUUCGCAGGUGAUGUUGACAGCUGUGCCUUUGUCGAAAUUAUUGACCUCGCCCGUGACGUCGCUACUAUCAUCGGUCCCUUGGCUCCCUUUCAAAAUAAUUGCGAUGCUACACAAGCUACUUCAUGGAGAGGAUUGGGAGUCUACAAUAACCAAAGACGUCGAAAAUCACACGCUUACGAUUACAUCAGGCCAAGGUGGACUCUCUCUCCACGAAUACCAAGGGAGUUCUGGUGUAUUAGUGGCAUCUAGUUACGAUUAUUUUCCCCUGCCAAAGGCAAGCUACAGAGAACUAGAUGCAAACCUGUGCACCAAUAAGUCGUCUAGACGGAGCGCUUUGACUUUUCCUACGUGCAUCACCCAACACAGUACCACGGAAAAAGGAAUAUCAGCCAAUGAUGAUUUUGGUAGAAAUUCCUGGGAGAUGACAUGCCUAGGCCAAUCGACUCGACAGUCACACUUCGAUGACAAGCAGUUAACCUCACAUCAAGAAUAUCCGCUUCACCAGGAAUAUUCUGUACAUGUAAUACCUCAGCAAAAACAGACAUCUCAGUGCUUGCAACUUACAGAGCAGUAUUCGGUUCAGCAUAUGCAAAAUAUCAAUAUGCAUUCUAAGCAACAGCUUCGAUAUUCUAUACAGAGAAAAGACUCAGAGACACUGGCAAAUACACCUGGAGAGAGAUCAGAGCAGCAGUCUGGAAAUCUGCAUUCCGAAGCAAACGUUCCCAUGUUUCCAUCGCCAUAUUUCGAUCAGCUUCCCAGAGCGUGCUCUCUUACUGCCUCACUUCCCUGUAACGAUAAGUGUUCGGGAAUGGUAGACUGUGUCGAAGGUCGAAGUCAUAAUACUAAGAAUAGUACCUACAUGAACUCUCCUGACCAUGAAUACUGUCGGCGACGCUGUAAUCCAAAACAUAAGACAGGCCAGCAAGCGAGCGACCAAAACAUGUUCUUAGUGCCACCUUCGCCGAGGGUCAUCCUCCGACAGCCUGGUCGGAAUCACCAUUUUCCCAACGAGUACGAUCCGUCCCCGUCCGAGAGUGCGGAGCCACCGAGCGUCAAGAAACUUGCCUACCAGAUGAUCUCGGGGAUGGGAGGCCAAACAAAACUCGUCUUCAAAAAUGCGUCAUAAAAAAAAACACGAUUCUUUUCCCGGAAGAAUAUUUCUUUGUUUUGAGGAACCUAGUUUUAGAUACAUAUACUUGUUUUCUUAAAUGAUUUGUGAAGGUUCACAUUCCAAUUGCUCUUGAAGGUAUAUGAUAUAAACUUAGAAUACCCGAUUUAAUUUGCGGAUUCAUUUUAUGCUGGAUGUCUAAACAGACUAAGUAUGAUUCAGUUACUGUAUUGACAUUUGCUUUAUCUACACAUUAACUAAUUUUAUGCAAUUGUCCAUAGUUAAAAAUCCAACGAAGAGUUUGAGAAAGUGCUUGAUACAUAUAGAUACACAAAAACAGUAUGGA